ACUGAUUUGUACAGCCACGUUAUAAAUAAAGGACUGGAGACUGGGCGGCGACACGAGCCGUGCGCGUUCCCUGCUGUUCCACAGAUAUCCACGCACGAAAGAGAAAAUGCCUGAUCCUGCAAAAUCAGCUCCUGCGCCCAAGAAGGGCUCCAAAAAGGCCGUGACCAAAACCCAGAAAAAGGGAGACAAAAGACGCCGCAAAAGCAGGAAGGAAAGCUACGCUAUUUACGUGUACAAGGUGCUGAAGCAGGUGCACCCAGACACAGGGAUCUCCUCUAAGGCCAUGGGCAUCAUGAACUCGUUUGUCAACGACAUCUUCGAGCGGAUCGCCGGGGAGGCUUCGCGCCUGGCGCACUACAACAAGCGCUCCACCAUCACCUCCAGGGAGAUCCAGACCGCCGUGCGUCUGCUGCUGCCCGGGGAACUGGCCAAGCACGCCGUGUCCGAGGGCACCAAGGCCGUUACCAAGUACACCAGCUCCAAAUAAAAGGAGACGGACACAGGCUGGACACGCAGGGGGGCAACAGCCGCCAGAUCAGCACCGGGACGAUCUUUAAACCCUCUGCGCCGUGUCGGCCCUUUAAUUUUGCCAACUUGUGAUUUUUGCACCAUUGCCAGCCAGCCCAGGCCUUACGGUGGAUGUCUUGUGAUUCAUUGGAACUGUAGCCUGCCAUUUUGUUUUAACUCAGUGUUUUCUUUUUCUUUUUUUUUCAUGACGUGUAAUGUUUUUAACAAAUGAUUGAAUAAAUUCAUGACGAAUGUAAGUCAGUGCUCUUAUACUGUGAAUGUGUCUUUUGCUUCGAACCAUUGUAAUAAUGUAAACAUGCACCUUAAACAUUACUACCAGACUGAAUUGUAAUGGGACAGUCGGUACAGACGUUGUGAGAUUAAAGCUGUGACUUAUUGCUACCA